AUGGAGUUAGCAAUCAAGUUAGGAUUAAGAAAUAAUAAAAAGGUUACAGUUAAUACUGAUGAGAUGGAUACUUUCAAAGGAAAAAGCACAAGAAAGAUCAAAUCCCUUAGGAAGACAUUCACAAAUGAGGAGCUAGUGAAGAAGAUUCUAAGAAGUCUUCCUAAGGAGUGGCUACCCAAAGUAACCUCACUGAAGGAUUCCAAAGACUCGAGCAAGGUGCAACUUGAUGAGCUCUUGGGAAAUCUCAUUGACUAUGAGAUGACCCUCCAAAGAGAGCAUGUGGAGGAACUUAAUAAGGCCAAGAAGAACAUUUCCUUCAAAGUAUCUUCUGAAAAUUCAAGUGAUGAAGAAGAAGAGUUUGAUCAGGAAGAAUUGGCUUUAGUGAUAAGGAGAAUAAGGAAAAUGCUCUUCCAAAGCAAGAAGUUCAUCCCAAAGAGGAACUUCAAGAAGGACAAGGGUGAAAGUAGUAAGAGGGAUCCUACCAUAUGCUUUGAAUGCGACAAGCCAGGUCACAUUACAGCAGAUUGUCCCAAAUUGAAGAAACCUUUCAAGAAGUUCAACAAGAAAGCAUUCAAAGCAAUAUGGGAUGAAUCAAGUGACUCCAAAGAUGAGAAGAUUGGUGAUCAAGUUGCCCAAAUGUGUUUCAUGGCAAUGGAGGGAAGCUCCAAUGCGGUAACUUUAAAUGAUGAUAUUGUUGAAUUUUCUUAUGAUGAACUUAUCAAUGCACUUAAAGUCAUGAAUGAUGAACUUGAGUUAAGUCAUAAUAAAAACAAACUUUUGAAAAAGAAACUAGUUAGUUUGAGGAAGGAGAAUGAGACCUCAACUAAGGAUGAUAAACCUUUAGGUAAUGAUAUGCAAAAAUCCUUAAAUGAGCUCUCAUUAGAAAAUGAGAAAAAGGACAAACUUGAUGCAAUUUUGGAUUCUCAAAGGUCUCCAAGCAUCAAGUAUGGACUUGGGUAUAGCAAAUUUACUCAAGAACCUCCUUCCAAUACCAUUUUUGUUAAAGCAUCUAGUUCUAAUGAGCGUAGUCCUCAAGUGCCUGGUCCAAAGUUAUCCAAUCCUAAAGGACAAGAACCAAAUAUAUCUACUAGAAAUGAAACUAGAAAGACUUCCUUUCAUCAACAUGCUCCUACACAAAAUACUGGGCAUAGAAGGCUUGCACAUGCUAGCAUGGACCUUCUUGCAAACUUGAAUAAGGAUGAGCUAGUUGAUAGGCUUCCAAAGAUCAAGUUUCAAAAGGAAAAGGUGUGUGAUGCAUGCCAAAUGGGUAACUUUGAUGAAUUGAGACUUGGAGAUCCUCAAUCUAGUGGAAAUCAAGAUCAACUGAAGGAAGAUCCCUUGACGGAUUUAGGAGAUAAUGAAGUCGUGCUUCAAGAGUAA